UAUGAGAAGGCACACUUUCUUUGGUCAUGUUUAAUUUAUAUUCAAACAUGACAUACAAAAUCUCUCAUGUGUAAGCUUGCUAGAGGCACUCUUUUGCUCAACAUUCUUUGAUCUAUACUAUCCCAUGCUAGGAACUUUGGAGCUAGAGUCUUGGAGCAUCUUAAAGCUCAGGUUUAAAAACAUCCGAAUCUGCUUGAACCCUUCAGAUUGCCAAGGGCCUCACCACCCCAUAUUCUUUCUCUCCAACUCCCUUAGACAUUCCUUGCCUAGCCUCUGAAAGCAUCUGAGGUUGCCACUCUGGAUUUUAAUUCAACUCCUUCAUUCUACAGUGGAGGAAAACAGACUGCAAAGAGAGGAAACAACUUGCUUGAGGGGAAGCCACUCUGGAAAGAGCACGAUUUCCUGCUCUCUUGAUACACUACUCUCCCUUUUAGACACAGAUUUUGUACUAUGGCCAAAAUCAACAUCCGUCACCAAAGAGAAAUGGAGAAUCUGCGAUUCCCCUAGCGCUUUAGAAAGAAGAGUUGUUCGCGGAUGGCAACAAUUUCUUGUCUGUUCUCCGUGUUCAUGCAGGUAGAACGCUCACUCAAAUGCAACCCCCAGUCUGGCCCACCUCAAAGUAACUAAAGAUUGCGGGGAAGCCGAAGACACAGGCCAGAACAGGAACCUCCUCUCCUAGAUCACGUUUCUACCCGAGUCCAAAGAGGAACGGACCGGAAGUGACGCGCAGCCGCGGAGGAAAUACCUAUAGUACCGCUGUUACGCUGGCCGGAAGAGAAAGGUGCAGACCUUACAAGGCUCCGCUCCUACUUCCUGCUUCCGCACAGUUGCUGUUGUCGACGUGAGGGGCGGGUAUCGGAAAGCUUCCUCGUCUUUGGACGGGUUGUGAGAUGCCGGGCGGAGGCCGGUGUCCCGAUUGCGGCUCCACUGAGCUCGUGGAAGACUCGCACUAUUCGCAGAACCAGCUGGUGUGCUCCGACUGCGGCUGUGUGGUCACCGAGGGAGUCCUUACUACCACCUUCACUGACGAGGGCAACCUCCGAGAAGUAACAUAUUCCCGAAGCACAGGCGAAAACGAACAAGUUAGUCGCAGCCAGCAACGAGGUCUCUGCCGAGUGAGAGACCUCUGUCGAGUUCUGCAGCUGCCACCAACAUUUGAGGACACGGCAGUUGCCUACUACCAACAGGCAUAUCAGCACUCUGGCAUCCGUGCUGCCAGGCUGCAGAAGAAGGAGGUGUUGGUCGGGUGCUGUGUCUUAAUCACCUGCCGGCAGCGUAACUGGCCCCUGACCAUGGGAACCAUCUGCACCCUGCUGUAUGCAGAUUUGGAUGUGUUUUCUGGCACCUACAUGCAGAUGGUGAAGCUCCUGGGGCUGGAUGUGCCAUCUCUGUGCUUGGUGGACCUGGUGAAGACCUACUGUAGCAGCUUCAAACUGUUUGAAGCCUCCCCGUCUGUGCCAGCUAAGUACGUGGAAGACAAGGAGAAGAUGCUGUCGCGAACGCUGCAGUUGGUGGAGCUGGCAGAUGAGACGUGGCUGGUGACCGGGCGGCAUCCCUUGCCUGUCAUCACCGCUGCCACUUUCCUGGCUUGGCAGUCGCUGCGGCCUUCAGAUCGGCUGACGUGUUCCCUUGCCCGAUUUUGUAAAUUGGCGAGCGUGGACCUGCCCUACCCCGCUUCCUCCCGCCUGCAGGAGCUGCUGGCUGUGCUGCUGCGGCUGGCCGAGCAGCUGGCCUGGUUGCAGGUCCUGAAGCUUGACAAGCGGUCUGUGGUUGCGCACGUCGGCGACCUUCUCCAGCACCGCCACAUGUUGGUCCGCAAGGCCUUUCGAGACGGAACAGCAGAGCCAGACGCGCUGGACGCCCGGGAGAAGGAGCUGCAGGGGCCGGGGCAGGGGCAAGGAUGGGGAAAAGAGGACCGGGGCGACGGCUCCUUAGAUUUGCUUGCAGGGAAGCGGCCAGCGAGCCCCGCCCUCCUCCUCCCACCCUGCAUGUUGAAGCCCCCAAAGCGGAUCUGUCCCACACCCCCUGUCUCCACGGUCACUGGAGAUGAGAACAUUUCUGACAGUGAGAUCGAGCAGUAUUUGCGUACCCCUCAGGAAGUUAGGGACUUCCAGAGAGCCCAGGCCGCUAGACAGGCUGCCACGAGUGUUCCUAACCCUCCCUGAUGCACAGCCGGGGUCUGGCGGGGGGCGGGCGCUUAACCCCAUCUGAUGGCGGCUUGCUAACAGGCCUGAUGUAGCCAGAGAAAUCAGUGUAUACAAGUCCUUAGGUAUCUCCCUUCUCAUUUAAGGGACCCAAGAGGGGCUCUGCAGUUAUUGGACCCCAGAGUCCAAGUCAGAAGGAACACGGGGACGCCUGGGUUGGAGUGUCCCAUCCCUCGGUCCCAGACAGUGGUCGCACAUACUCCAGUUCUGUGGGCUGGCUUUCUCUUGGACUGUUGGGGAAGUGCCAGGCGCCCUCCUGCUCUCGGUUCAGAUUGGAUACACCGCAGCUGCAGGGCUGGCGGGGCCUCCCUGCUGGUGUGGAGCAGCGCACAUUCCCAAUGGUAUCAGCCCUCAGAGGAUGGAACUGGGCAGCCCUCGGCCCUGCGUCCAUUCACAGCCCUUAGUGGGUUCAUGUGUACAGUGUCAGAGAUCCUCUCCCUCCUAACAAAAGGACUGGGGGUGGAGUAAGCUCAUAGCUCAACGGGCUUUGCAAAAUUUUAAUAUAUUAAAACAAGAGGCAUCUGCUAGAAAACAUUCUAUUGUAUAAAACCCGAGCUUUUAAAAA